ACCGACUCAGCAAGCGCCUGUGAGCGGCCCGGCCUAUUAUUACUGCUGACGUCCUUCUCCCUCUCAGUUUCUCUUGUCACUCCGUGGGUUUUUUCAGAAGGCGAAAGGGAGGGAGACAGUUUUCUUACGUCCUCUUCGCGAAUAAAAGCUGAUGUUUCCGGGGAGACGAAUUGCGUUCGCCCGCUGUUCAUUCGGGCCACUUUCCAUUCAUCGCGAAAGCAGUUGGAACCAACCCGAAUGAGACGAGCCGAGGGCGGACCGGGCUGAGAGACAAGUCGGAGACCGACCGGGAAGCUCUGCACAUCCGCCGCUUUCACCAAUUCAACCGCUAUUUGCCUUUAAUUUUUCCCCCUCCGCACAUCUCUUGGUGUCUUGAAAUGCCGGCUCACACUGUCCCCGGUUCCGUCUCAGUGACUACUUUUUCCGUGGGAGCCGCCGUUUUAACGAAUGUCACCCAGAACAAUCACAUUAGCUAGCUAACGGGAAAACAGAACCCCCCCCCCCCCCCCCCAACUCAACCCAUCGUGGUCGCUCAGAGCCCACGGCUGGUUUUUAAACCCUCGUCGGUUGCUUCAAUGGUGGAGUUUUCUUUCCUUUCCCAACACGAGACCGAUGCAGCGGAACGCCAACCGACGCCCACCGGGAUUGAUUUCUCCAGCGAGCCAGCCAGCGUCCCCCGGAAUGUCUAAUCUGGGACGGGUAACCCCGGUGUAAACACAAACCUACAGCCCAGUUAUUUUGCGGUUUCUCUCGGACGAAGAAGCGCACUCAGGGACGAAACAUGUCUGUACGCACGGCACUGACAGUGAACGAGCGGAACCCGGACCAUCAUGCCUCCCUAUCGGCCAGCCGAUCGGAGAAGGGCACCGGCUGGUCGAGCCGCUCUCUGGGAGCUCGAUGCCGCAACUCCAUCGCAUUGUGCUCAGACGAGCAGCCGCACAUCGGAAACUACCGGCUGCUCAAAACCAUCGGCAAGGGCAACUUCGCCAAGGUCAAGCUGGCACGCCACAUACUGACUGGCAGAGAGGUUGCAAUAAAGAUCAUCGAUAAAACACAACUCAACCCAACCAGCCUCCAGAAGCUGUUUCGAGAGGUACGCAUCAUGAAAACGCUCAACCAUCCCAACAUAGUGCAGCUAUUUGAGGUGAUUGAGACUGAGAAGACUCUUUACCUGAUCAUGGAGUACGCCAGCGGAGGCGAAGUGUUCGACUACCUCGUGGCUCACGGCAGAAUGAAGGAGAAAGAGGCCAGAGCCAAGUUCAGACAGAUUGUCUCGGCGGUGCACUACUGUCAUCUGAAGAACAUCGUUCACAGAGACUUGAAGGCGGAGAACUUGCUACUAGACGCCGACGCCAACAUCAAAAUAGCCGACUUUGGCUUCAGUAACGAGUUCACUGCGGGCAGUAAACUGGACACGUUCUGCGGCUCGCCGCCCUACGCGGCCCCAGAGCUCUUCCAGGGGAAGAAGUACGACGGUCCGGAGGUGGACAUCUGGAGCCUGGGCGUCAUCUUGUAUACACUGGUCAGCGGGUCCUUGCCUUUUGACGGACAGAACCUAAAGGAGCUGCGGGAGCGUGUUUUGAGGGGGAAAUACCGUGUGCCCUUCUACAUGUCUACCGACUGCGAGGGAAUCCUGCGCCGCUUCCUGGUCCUCAAUCCUGCCAAGCGGUCCUCGCUGGAGCAAAUAAUGAUAGAUAAGUGGAUCAAUAUCGGCUAUGACGGCGAGGAUCUGAAGCCCCACACAGAGCCUGUCGAGGACUUAAACAAUACCAGCCGCAUCGAUGUGAUGGUUGGGAUGGGCUUCACCAGAGAUGAGAUCAGAGACUCGCUGUCUAGUCAGAAGUACAACGAGGUCACCGCCACAUACCUGCUGCUGGGACGCAAGAACGAGACGGAAGGCAGCGAGUCUCGAUUGGGAAGCAGUCUGAGUCUAGCUCGCGUCCGAGCCAGCACCACCACCAACGGAACCAGCAAACACGCUGCACCCUCAUCCUCCUCCUCCUCUGCCACGCCUUCUUCCUCCACUGGCCACAAGGCACAGCGCAGCGCCUCCACUUACCACCGCCAGAGGCGACACUCCGACUUCUGCGGUCCGGCCGUUCCAGGGUCCACGCAACCCAAACGAAGCCCCAGUGGCAUAGGCGAAGGGGCAGGGCUUAAGGAGGAGAGGCUGUCGAGCCGCAAGCCAAGCGCCAGCAUCGUUGGCUCACGUAGCAUCCCGACGCCCUCCAGUCCCAUGGUUAGCUCCGCCCACAACCCAAACAAGGCAGAGAUACCCGACCGGCGCAAGGAAGCCAGCGCGACCACGAAUAACAUCCCCGCCAGUGCCAUGACUCGAAGGAACACGUAUGUGUGCACAGACCGGUCCAGCACCGACAGGCAGUCACUGUUGCAAAAUGGCAAGGAGAACAGUUCCAUAUCCCACCGCCUGCCCGCCGCCUCCCCGUCAACCCACAGCAUCGCCGGAGCCUCCGGGGCCUCCUCCUCCACGCCCUCCUCCACGCCCUCCUCCCGCCUCUCCAGGGGCUCCACAGUGAGGAGCACUUUCCACGGCGGGCAGAUUCGAGACCGCCGCCCCCCCUCACACGCUCCCCCGGCGUCCCCGGCGCUGUCUCACGACGCCAGCCCACUGCCGCACGCCAGGACCCGGACCACGACCAACCUGCUCAGCAAGCUCACCUCCAAGUUGACCCGCAGGGUCACAGACGAACCUGAGAGAAUCAGCAGAUCUCCGGUCACAAGUCGCCAUCUAUCUGGGCAUCAGAAAGCGUUCGAGCCCCGGACCCCCCGAUGUGGCUGGGAUGUGAGGGUGAGGAGCCCACGAGAUCCGGCCGAGGUGGUGCUGGCGCUGCGCGAGGCGGCACAGGGCUGCGGCUGCCAGGUCCAUCUGGCCGGGCCUUUCCUCCUGUCCUGCACCCACGGAGCGGCCGGUGCCCGCGUGGCCUUCGAGGCCGAGGUCUGCCAGCUGCCCAGCGGGCUGGGCCAGAGCAGCGGUGUGAGGUUCAAGCGCCUGUGGGGGGCGCCGUUGGCCUUUAGAGACAUCGCCACCAAAGUGUCCAAGGAGCUGGAGCUCUGAGGGGAAACAGGAGGCGUGGCAGAUUGAUCACCCACAGGACAGAAUGAUGAAUGAGGAGGAGGAGGAACAAUGAGGAAAACACCAGUGCUUCCUCCCAUUUCUCCUCCCCCAGGGCUCCACCUCCUUCUGAUGCGGCUAGCGAUGCCUCGCCUCCGCCAAAGACCCUCUUCUUCUGAUGCCACCAAUCACAGCCAGAACAAGCGGACGCACAGACACGGAUGGACCGCUGUUGGCAGACUUGAUGAUGACCCUUGACCUUGGAGCUGUCAGUGACCUACGACCCAUGCUUGAAACGCACCGCCACCUCCAUAUUAUGUGAGCCCAAGUCAGGUUGUUUUAUUUUAAUUUUGUUCACAAUUUCAUGUUUGAUGAUAAGGAUGGUGUUGCUGAGAAUGAUGGAGAUCGAUAAUUUGUUGUUGUUGUUGACAUUGUUAUUCCUAUUGUAUCAUAUUUGUUGUCGUCAUUCCUUUUUAAAGAGCUGCUAUUUAAAGAAAUGUUUUAAUUUUCAAAUGUUUUUGUUUCGUGUAUGGAGUUUAUUUUUCUCUCUUUGAUGCUUUUAAAAAAAAUGGGUCAGAGAAAGACAUCUGUCGUCAUCCUCUGAAGCAGAUGUCACAUAUUUUGGGAGUGAGGUUGCAGUCUGACCUCCGGCCUCUAGAGGGAGACAUGCAGAGACUUGUGACAGACUGAAUAAAGCAUCACAGCCUUUCUGCCCAUCCAUCGAUAAUCGCCCAUUUACUGCUCAGCUUGGAAUUUGAUUGUUUGUUUGUACCAUUUCUGGUAAAGUGCUGCCUCUCUGCCUGCUCUCCAUACUGAAUGAUCUGAUGGGUGUUGAAAGCUGGCCAGUGAGCAGCUUACUGAGGAGCAAAGCUGCCUAAUAAUGCAGAACCCAGCUGACGUACUUGAUAACCUGGUCAUUUGAGUUUAUGCUUGGCUCCUUACUCUACUUCGCCCAAAUAUUUGUCCCAUGCUAUCUUUUUAUUAACGAGUAAUAAGUCCGCUAAAUCUUUCCUAAAUGAUAUAAGAUUUUGUUGGUUUAAAGUGCAAAGUAGAAUUUAUUUCUAUUAAAAAACUGGAUCCCCAACAGGAACCAUGAGUUGUGUUUUUAUAACGCAAUAGCAUGCCAUGAUUUUCAGAUUUGAUGGUGGAUGUACUAUUUAGAUUAGAAAAGGCUUUGUCAGCCAAUCAGAAUGCCUUAUUCUGAGACCAAUAUGAGCUGUUUUAACUAAUUUCAAUUAAAUAUAAUCAACAUUUCCGUUAAACAUUUAACAAAACUACAUGUUUUACCAAUGGCAAAAUGAAGUGCACAUCGUAUGCUCUCACUGAGUACCCAGACAACUAAUAAGAUUAAAUCUGUGCCACAAAUGGUUAAAAGAACAUCUUCUUGAUAUCUCUAAAACCUUGACAAUCCAUUGUAUUACUGGUCAAAUACAGUAGCAUAACUUUAUUUGGACUAGUCCCAGUUUUUAUCUGAUGUGAUGGAAAUUUAACACGUUAUGAUAAAAAAAAAAUAAUAAUAAUCUUCGCUCCUUUUUCCUGCCAUGCUGCAGACAUGGUUCAGAAACCCGAUCCAACACAGUAUCCGCAGUUAAGGAAGGACGUGUAUGUUUUAGUAAAUUACCUUUGUUUAUAAUUGGAUCUCUUCAAAAACAUGUUCCCCACACACAUAAUUACUGUAGUUCUUACUGGUUUAGAGUAACUGGAGGAGACAGGGCUUUUACUGGUAGCACUUAACAAUAUCCCAAUCUGUCAGAACGCCACCGCCAUCGCUUCGCCUCAAAUGUAGUGCAAUACAGCCUCAAAGCCAAUAAUCUAGACUUGAAUAAGCGUAGACUCAAUAGGGCGCCUUGUUUGAAUAAUUUUUUUUAUAUUGCUGAUAUGUUCUUAACAUUUAUUGAGCACUUUUUUUCUUCUCCCUUUUAGCCAUUGUACUGUACUUGCAGAGUUUUUAAUUAAUCUGUAUUUUUCUUUUGUAAAUUGUUAUAAAAAAACUGUCUCACACAUUUGAAGGACCCUGAAGUGAAUAAUUGACAUUCUGAAUGCCCUUCUACUCUUUGCAUCCUUCACUUGCCUCAGGGCACCAAUGGCUUCAGGGGUCCCAAGUUAGAUUAAAGUUGCGACAAGGAACUUCUGUCACCAUUCCGGCGGCCCCUGUGAACAAAAGUGUUGAGCGCCACCUCUUCAUGUUGUAAAAAAUCUGCAGCUGCCGGGCUUCCUUUAGAAAACCUAACAGCCAGUCGGCCCCGCGCCGUGCUGGCUCCCAGGAAGGGGGCGCUGUGCUCCAGGUCCUGCAGCUGCAGACGAGCCACAGCGGAGUUCUUCUCCUCCAGCCGGUUAAAGGCAGCAGCGAAGCCAGAUAUGGGUCUCUUCGUGGCCCCGUUCCCUAUAAGGAGAACAUUCCUAAUAUUGACACGUCAGUUUUAACAGUUUUCUUUCAUCAAAUAUUAUGUUUAAUUUUGAGUUCUUAACCUCAGCAACACUUUUGAUACUUAAAUUGUAGACAUUUCCCUCAGUCGACCAACCAGGCUGCAGCACUGCUGAGACGUGUUUGACUGUUGACCAAUCCGAUUCCAGUAUCACUGUAGGAGGUGUACGACUGUUAUCAGAUCAGAUCCCUGCCUCAUGAAGAUACUGUACAACUGCGACAUGAUGAUGCAGUGGUUUAAGACGAGACAUUAAAUGACCUUUUGAGAAAUGUUCGUUUAGAGCAACACUUUUGCCAAUUGAUCGUAUUGACACGACCGAAUCUGAAGGUGGUUGUACUUGUAUUGUACCUCUAUGAAGUCAAGCAAUUAUAACGUGUACUUGCAGCAUCUAACAAAACAUUGAUACGUAAAAGGAAAUGUUUCAUGAUACAGCAGAUUGUUAAUUAAUUAAUUUACAGCUGUAAAGUAGUCUACAGGAAUGUAUCUGUUCAAUGGGAAGAUUUCUGCCGCAGCAGGUACCACUGUCUGAAAAUGUGAAGCUUUGAUUUAGGGCUAUUUUUCAUUUUAUUUUUGUGUGUACAACUGGGCCUCACUCUCUGAACCUGUUCUGUAGAUACAGUUAGGGCCAUGCUUUAAGGCUACAGUUCUGUUGUAUAGUGUGUUUGAAGCCAUUGCUGUUAUCAAGAAAAUGUAAUUUAUGGGCUGCAAUUAUGAAUAUGAUCGACCUGCAAUCCUGCAUGUCUCCUAGGAAAUAAUGUGUGACACAAAAAUAAAAACUUUCAACCUCUUU